AGCUGGCAGGUUUCAGAAAUAGGUCUGACGGUGCCGGACAUCCAGAGCGACUCAGCAGCAUCUGGCGCUUCAUUUGCUGUAAAACCACGAGCAAGAGUUUCCUUGUGGAGGACGAGCUCCGAGAAACUACCUGCCUGUCACCGGAGAGGAUGAGGGGAAACCUGGGGAAUUAUCCUGAGGGACUCGUCUGAUGGAGAGGAAAACCUGAGUGGGAUGUAAACACGGACUAUCGAUUUCUAAAGAGUGUUUUCCGUCACUAUGACGACCCCACGUGAGAGCAUCCUCCUGCUGACUCACCUGCUCCUCCUCCCUCUCACCCGGUCCCUCCUACACCCUCCGCCUGUCCACGUCCCCACGCUCGUCCCUCACGUGCCGACGCCUCUCCUCCGCUCCCGCUUCAGCGCUCACACUCAGCUGGACUUCACCACUCACUGCAACUCCAGCUGCUUCCACAGAGGAGAGCAGGAGGCCCAGAAGGAGCUGCUCACAGAGAAACUGGCUUUUGAGACGUUGUACGCCGACGGCUCCCGCACCCUCACCACUGUGGAUGUUGAGGGUGAUGAUGAGGAGUUUGACGGAGAUCACUUCGCUCACCCUUUACUGAGAACAGGGCCUGGAGUGAGGCAUAGGCACAAACGUGUGAGGCGGCAGAUCUAUGGAGCAGACGGACGUUUUAACAUCCAAGGUGACGACUUCCUGUUGGAUUACCCUUUCUCCACAGCCGUGCGGAUCUCCACCGGCUGCACCGGCGUUCUUGUGUCCCAGCAGCACGUCCUCACAGCUGCCCACUGUGUGCAUGAUGGGAAGGAUUAUGUCAAGGGGGCACGAAAACUCAGGGUGGGAUUCCUGAUUCCUCCAUCCAUCAACGGCACCAAAGCCGGCCUCACGUCUUCCAAGAAGCCUCUGGUCCGCUGGGUGAGGGUGAAGCGUACCCGUGUGCCAAAGGGCUGGAUCCAGGGUCCUCAGGAGGUCAGCAUGGACUUUGAUUACGCUCUGCUGGAGCUGCGUUGGCCUCACCGAAGGCCCUUCAUGCGCCUUUCUGUGGCGCCCUCCUCUGACGACCUGGCAGGGAAUCGCAUCCACUUCUCUGGCUUUGACAGCGACAGAUCCGGCGAGCUGGUGUACAGAUUUUGUCCUGUGGAAGAAGAGUCCAGCAACCUGAUAUACCAGCACUGUGACGCCCGACCCGGAGCCAGCGGCUCUGGAGUUUAUGGAAGAGUGUGGGACAACAGUUUAGAGCGCUGGGAAAGGAAGGUCAUCGGCAUCUUCUCAGGACACCAGUGGCUGGAGAUAGAUGGGGAGAACCGGGAUUAUAAUGUGGCCGUGCGCAUCACUCCUCUGAAGUUUGCUCAGAUCUGUUACUGGGUGCAUGGUAACCGACUCGACUGUGUCCAGGACUAAGAAGGACAAAAGAACAAGGAUGUUUCGAAAGUAUAGCAUGAAAAACACAAGAACGCACAAAACAUACAGGGUGAAAUGUCGUAUUUCCCCUAAAGAAAGAAGAGUGAAACAGGAUUAGCAAACAAUAUUUAAGUUGAUUAAAACCGGUAAAAAUCAGUGUUGCCUCAAAUUUAGCUCAGCUUGUUUGUGAUCCAGACAUCAGAUGACUCAAAUCCUUCCUCUGGUUAGAAUAAAUAGUUAAAGGGCAAAGAGCUAAAAGAUGUAUCGUAAAACUUUUGCUUCAAACUGGAUGAAAAGUCAAUUUAUGAUUUAUUUAUUUAUUCUGGCAGAAAACCACCAGAAACUGACGCAUGUGCAACGGGGAUAUGAAAACUACGUUUGGUGGAAAUUGUUGGAAACAUUUGGUAUAAUCAUUAUACUAUGAUGAUGAUAUAUGAUAUAUAUUUUGUAUUUACAUUAUAGUAUAAUGUAAGUACACAACGCAACAAAAUAUAUAUCAUAGGUGUAGUCGUUUUUAAACAUUUUAAUGCGGAAAUGUUAAACAUUAUUCCUUUAAAUCCACACAAAAAUAACACCUGUCAUACACCAGUAGAGCAGACUUCACUUUUGGACCCCAUCCACCAUUAUUUCUGUUUUAUUUGCUCCCUGUAACCUCUGGGCCUAUUAAACUAAUCUGCCUGUGAGAUCAUCACCAUAUUUUAAUGUGUUUUUGCCCAGUCAGAUUAAACACAGUCAGUGUUUCCACAGCAUUUAACAUAAGCCACUUUUUAUAAGAGGGAAACAACUCUUUUUUAGUAGCACGGGAUUAUGUUCCUACUGUGGAUCUAUGGACAUUUUGACUUUACAUCUUUCCUGCUCUCUUUGGGGAAAUGGUUUAGUAUUUUAAAGCUCUUUAAGGAUCAUUUGGUUUAUCCCUUUGGUCGGCAUAGUGCAUACACACUUAACAUAAUACACAGACUAACAGAACAGAUGCUUAUCGACCUUUCAGCUGACAGUAUGCUCUUCUCAGUGUUGACUGGUGAGUCAAUGUUAAUUUUAUUUUCAAAAAAUGCUUGAUAUAUUUUAAUAAAGAGAUUUAUAACA